UUAAUUUAUUGCCUGCGUUGGGUCUUUGUUUCUGUGUGCAGGCUUUCUGUAGUUGUGGAGAGCGGGGCCUACUCUUCAUUGCUGUGCGUGGGCUUCUUAUGGCGGUGGCUUCUCUUGUUGGAGCCCAGGCUCUAGGCGCGUGGGCUCAGUAGUUGUGGUUUGUGGGCUCUAGAGCACAGGCUCAGUAGUUGUGGUGCAUGGGCUUAGUUGCUCCGCAGGAUGUGGAAUCUUCCGGGACCAGGGAUCGAACCCAUGUCCCCUGCAUUGGCAGGCGGAUUCUUAACUACUGCGCCACCAGGGAAGCCCCUUAAACAAGUUUCUUAAUUUCUCUGUGCCUCAAGUUCCCUGUGUGAAAGGAGGAAGCUCUUUUUAUGAAAUGAGAACAUAGAAAAGUGUUUAGAAUGAUGUCUAAUAUGUAGAAUAGUAUAUAGAAUAUUAGUGAUAUUGUCAGCACUUAGAACAGUGUCUGGCACAUUGUAAGUGCCCAUUAAACAUUCAGUGAGUGAGUGAAAUAACCGUAGUACUAGGUAGAAUAUUUGUUUCUUUUUAAGAGGUGUGAAAAUGUUUGGAGGACUUGGAGGGAAAAAUUAUAUCGAGUUCAAGGGGAUCAAGGAAGCAUUUUUUAGGUGUAUUGCAUACAAACUGAUCCAAAUUAUUGUUAACAUUGAGUAAAUGGAAUAAGGUAUUAGCAGAAAGAGGGAGCUUCCAAGAGCAGGUGUUCCAAAGAGGGAGGAAGUGGAAUCUGCUGGACUAGUUAAAGGCUGGUCCUUGAACUGGCACAGCAUCACUUCUGUUGCAGUCUCUGAUGGUCAGAGCAGCCCUGGGCCCAGUGCAGAGUUAUGGGAGGGAAACUAUACAAAGGUGUGUUCUGUCGGGGAAGUCACCAGAGUAAUACUCUUCCACAGUGUAUUAGUACUAGAUUUUGGAGGGCUUUUGAUGUCAAGCCAUGGAGUUUAGUCUUUACAGCUCAGUAGGGAGCUUUGAAAUUCAGGUUUUUGAGAAGAAUGAUGAUGGUGGUGAUAUUAGAAAAAAAAAAAAGUGUUUUAAUACGAUUAAUUUGGCAAACAAGUACAGAAUGGAUUAAAAUUGGCAGAGGUAGAAAACAGGACUCUAAAUGAGAGGCAAUUCAUCAAACCACACAGGAGAAAGAUUGUAUUAGGGUUCUCCAGAGAAACAGAACCAGUAGGGAAUAUAUAAUAUAAAUACAUCUGCUAUUUGCAGCCUUGAGACCAGGGAAGCCAGCAGUAUAACUCAGUCUGAGUCCUAAGAUUUGAGAACCAGGGGAAGCCAUGAUUUAAAUCCUAGUCCAGGGGCAAGAGAAAAUGAGGUGUCCCAGCUCAAACUGUGAGACCGGCAAAAGGGGAUACAUUCCUUCCUCCACCUUUUGUUGUAUGCAGCCUCUCCAUGGAUUGGAUGAUGCUGGCCCACACGGGAGAGGGCGGUCUGCUAGUUCACUGAUUCAAAUGCUGAUCUCAUCCAGAAACACUUUAACAGACAUGCCCAGCAACAAUGGUUAAUCUGGACUCCCCGUGGCCAGUGAAGGUGUGACACACAAUAUUAAUCAUCUCAGAGGGGAUAGGAGACCGGUGGUGAUAUUGGGAUGGAAAGGAAGGAAUGGAUGUGGAAGACAUUAGAGGUCAAAUUGCCUGAGAUUGUUGACAAGGGUACCUGUUAAAAAGUAAGAAAAAGGGAAAUGUUGUUGACCUUUUUCUGCUAACUGGAGAAUGAUGCAGUGAAGAAAAAUACCUGAAAUGUUCAUUCAUUUUAGUCAACAGAUAUUCUAAGUACCUCUUCUAGGCAUUGGGGAUUCAAUGGUAAUUAAGACAGGUAACAUCUGUUGUUGUGGAGCUUACAUUCUUGGGGAGCGUGGGAGUCAGAAAGUAGACAAACAAGAAAAUUUCCUGCUUGAAGAAGUAACAUUUCCCUGAGAUGUGAGGAAAGAGCACAUGCAAAUGUCCUAAGGCUAAAACAAGUCUGAUAUUUCCCUUUUCUGACACAGUCUAACCCUAGAUCUGUGGUUGUCAAGUUUGAGUCCUUCAGGGACUUCCCUGGUGGUGCAGUGGUUGGGAGUCUGUCUGCCAAUGCAGAGGACAUGGGUUAGGUUCCUGGGCUGGGAGGAUCCCACAUGCUGCGGAGCAACUGGGCCCUUGUGCACAACUACUGGGCCUGUACUCUGGAGCCCAUGAGUCACAACUGCUGAGCCCAUGUGCCUAAAACCCGUGCUCCACACCAAGAGAAGCCACUACAAUGAGAAGCCUGCACACCUCGGCAAAGAGUAGCCCCCACUCGCCACAACUAGAGAAGGCCUGCACGCAACAACAAAGACCCAACACAGCCAAUAAAUAAAUGAAUAAAUUAAAAAAAGAAAAAAAAGAGUCCUUCAGAAUCACCCAGAGGACUUGUUGAAACACAGGUUGCUGGGUCUAACCCAGAGUUUCUGAAUCUGUAGGUCUAAGGCGGAGCCCAAUAAUUUGCAUUUCUAACUAGUUCCUAGGUGAUGCUAAUGCUGUUUGUCAGCUUAUCACCCUCCUCUUGCCAUUGGUCUUCCCCUUACCACCAAAGCAGCCCCACCAAGUUUUCUUUUACCAGAUGUGUAUUCUGUAAAGUUUUUGUCCUUUGCUGACAAGACUAGAAAGGCGAAUUGAGGGAGUCUGAAUAGACAUUUGCAUAGAGACAGUAGUGGAAUCUCAGCAGUUAAGGUUUCUGGGAAGGAAGGGCAGAGGGCUGAGACCGGAGCCUUAGCUUUUAGUGAUGACUCGCAGGUCCUGAGUGCCUGCCAUGUGCCAGGCACUGCACCAGUAUUACACGCAUCACCUCACUUAAGUCUCACCGCUCUGUGAGGCGGGUGGUGUUAGUUCACAGACAAGGAAACAGAAGCAGAGAGCUGUUACUUGUUCAAGAUCGCUGUUAGUGGCAGAGGCAGGAUUUUAACCCAUGAAGUGUGACUUCAGAGACUGUUGUUCAUCAAGGUGUUUUGGCUCUCAGGGAAAACUUUCUGGGUGUGGAGGUUUAGAAUGAAGUAGAGUUGGCAAAUGAAAAAAGUCAGAGGCAUUAGUGAUGGGAGACUUUUAAGAAGGAUGUUGGCGGGGGGAAAGAUGUUGGGUCUCCUGGGCGUUAACGUUGGUGCUGGAAGGUUGUACCUUCUCAAUUACUUUAAAAAUUAGAAUUAUUUUCCCAGAGCAUGCUUUGACUAAAAGUUUUCAGAGAAAACUUGGAAAUAUGGCCUUAUACUAGUUUGAAUGGUUGCCGUAAGGUAUGGGAAUUUUAGAGAUGUUUACUGAGCACCUCUCAUGUAUUAAACAUCGCUUUGGGAGCUUGGAAUACAUCAGUGAACAAAACCAAGAUCCCUGCUCUGGUGGAAUGUGGAGUGAGACAGAUGACAAAUGAUAAACAUUGUGAAUUAUCUAGUAUGUUGGUAGGUGACAUGAGAAAACACAGGGUUACAAAGAAUGGAAGGUGGAUGGGGGAAGCAUUGUAGAUUUAAAUAGCAGACUAAUUGAAAUAGUGAUGUUUGAACAAAGACUUGAUGGUGGUAAUCUUUUGAAAAGAGAAGUAUUUUACAUUGAGAAGCAGUACUUCAAUAAGUUUUUCUUUCCCCAGUGAUUCAAAUGAGACUACAAGUUUUGUUUAAAAACAUAUUAUCUGCUCUUUUGCUAAACUUGCUUACAAAAAAUCUUAUUUCUUUGUUAAAUGUGUAUCCUUUGUUGCUGCUACUGCUUUAAAUUUUAGGACCGUGAUAGAUGACUUGUUACCAGGCUGCUACUAACAGUUUCUGAAUUUUCACUUGGGCCAAUCUAGCUAGGGCUUUUCCAGCCUAGGCCUUUUUGCAAUCAAUUUUUGUUUUGUUUUGUUUUGCUUUUUCAUCAGUAGUAAGCAUUUGUUAGUCAUUGUGCCAGCUGUGUUAGAAAAUGUGUGGAGAUGUUAUGUAAAGUGAAGAGGUAAAUGGGAGGAUGUGGACCUGGUUUUAGCAUAUCCACUCAUUUUUCUUUCAUUUUUUCUAGAAUCAUGACCUCAGAUUCUCCCUUGCCCUCUGUUUCUUUUAUCUCUGAACGAAACACACCAUUUUCCCAUUGUUCUUUGAACAGCAGCAGGAAUGCUCUUAUCUCGGGGUCUUUGGGCUAUUUCCUCUACUGGGACCACUCUUCCCUCUGAUUAUCUACACAGCUUUCGCCCUCGCUUCAUUCAGUUCAAAACGUCACAUUGUUAGCGAGACUUGUCCUUAGUACCCCUUCCCCCAUCAGUACCCUGCUUUAUCAUUGUGUUGCCUAAUACCCUGGUUUAAGUUUCUUUAUAACACGUGUCAGUCCUUGAUAUUAAGUGUUUCCUUAGUCUUGUUUAUUGUUGGUCCCUGUCCGUUAACCCUUGGAUGUUUCUUGACCAAUCCAACUUGAGCUGCUUAGUCCUCCCCUCCCCCUUCCCCCUCCAUAAUGUAUCUGUCUGAUAAUAGUCUUCAGUAGAUACUGAUUUUAAUAAAGAAUAUUUUUAAUGCUGGAGUAUAUUCUGCUUUUACUUAUUAUCUAAUAUUUCAGAGUUUAAAUUUGCCUUCCGUAAGUUUAAGGUUCUUUAAGGAUCCUAACCGUGUAGCUUAUCCUAUGUUGGUAGACCUGUAGGCAUUUAUGGGAUAUAACUAAACGUAAAAUAAUGAAAUUUUCAUGUGACUUAAUGCCGUCAUUCUCUUUACUGUGUGAUCACUGAUCCUAUUUAAAUUGACCAGAUUUGUCUGACCCAAUGAAGCAUGGCAAAACCAAAACUGUGGAUAAGCUAAAAUACUUUUGCUUGGAUCUGCUAAAAUUGGAUGGCUUAACAUUUUAAAAUAUUUCUCAUAUUGCACAAACUGCAAAAUGAAUAUUAAUCUGGUUAAAACAGCUGGUACUAUCCCCACUUAAACAGACAUUAAACUAUUAAAGUCAAAGUUUGAUUUGGCCAGAGCCGCAAAAGGUCUAGUGGAACAGUGCCAGAGUAAAAGUGUGAGCCAUUUGGAAGGAUGGGAUUUGAGUAGAACUGUGGCUAUACAAAAAACAAAACUAGAGAUGGUCUUUUGCCAUUAAUUAAUAUCUUUGUAUUACUUUAAAAAAAUUCUAACAAGAGCAAGUUUGGGCUCAGUCUGAUCCUCUUUAACUUCCUGUAUUUUAAUAUGGCAUAGAAGACAAUGGUUCCAAACUUCCUAUUAAAAGCUAAUCUAGUAUACCAGCUAAUUAAUAUUUAUCUAUUGUGCUCCUUUUUAUGGACUAAAAUUUUAGCAUCAUCCUCAUAAAGUAUGCUUUGGAAUGAGUAUGUCUGUUAUUCACUCUUAACAGACAUGUUUAUUAAGAAAUUUUAAGGUACUUCAGCUUGUAAAUUAUGACACUUGAAUAAUAUUUUUUGAAAUCUUUUUUAAGUGUUGUUUCAAAAUAUAUACCAUUUCUCUAAUGUUCGUUAUAAUUUCUUCCUCUGCAUUAACCUUUGUUGUGGACCAGAAAUCUAGAACAUGAAUUAGCCACUUAGAAGUUGAUUUCCCUACUACAAACAACAGCAGCAUUUUUAUUGUGGAAAAUUUCAAAGGAAACACAUUUAGAGAGACUGGUAUAAAGAAUCCCUAUGUAUCCAAGAGCCAGCUUCAACAGUUUCAGCACAUGUUUAAGCUAUGAAGAAGGACAUCCCUCUCACUCUGAAACAGAUCUCCUUCAGAGACAGACUUUUGCAGCCUCUCAUCAGCUUCCUGGAUAUGCUACCACACCUCAGCCAACCGGUCUUUCUGGAAUAUUUGAUACUAGUGUGAACAAUGCCAGCACUAACACUAAAGAAUCUUCAGUGAUGAAUUUUCUCUCUGCUGUUGAAUCCCGAACUGCUCAGGCUGCUUCUUCAGGAACUACUCUUUUACCACAAUUCAGGGCCCCAUCCUGGCAGACAGGUAUGCAUUCCUCAGCAGCAACUGAGCUGUUUGUUACUGGACCUUUGCCGACCACUGGAACACUUCCGCCCUCUGCCCUCUCUGCUUAUCAGCAUCCCACCACCUUCAGCAAUAGAAACUUUGCUACCACCUCACCUUUGGUGCUUCAGGAUUCAACUUUUAACACUACAUCAAAUGGAAUUUUAAGUCCUCAUGACCCUUUGCUGCAAAUCAAGACUUCCCAGGGAACUGUUCCAGCCGCUUUGGCAUUUGAGCGCUUGGGAAGUUCUGCGAUAAGUAACAGCAUACCACCUCAGUCUUCAACGUACCGCUCAGCUCAAGAGUCUGCACCCCAUCUUUUACAACCUCAAUUUAGUUUAUUGCCUUCAGCACUUGGAGGAGCCCAGCAAACUCCUCAAGCCUACGGUUCAACUCUCUUUACUAGUUCUACUGCUUCCAUUGAAAGAGCUCUUCGAGAAUGUAGUGUUAUUAAACACCAUCAGCGGCCUUCAGGUACCCAGUCUAUUCAGGCACAACUGACUGGUUCACAGCAUUCCUUACACAGUUAUCUGUCAAAUGCAAGUGUGGUUAAUUUUCAGGAAACAAGCAGGCAGUCAUCUUUAUCCUGUAGCCCAAUUGGAGAUUCUACUCAGGUGAGCAAUGGAGGAUUGCAACAGAAGACCUCCCAGGUCUCAGUGGAACUUGCCCAGUCCUAUUCAUCUGCAGUUCCAUCAUCAGGGUAUCCUCCUUCUACUACAAAAGUAAAAAGCUGUUCUACAAAACAACCACUAGCAUCAGCCAAGACCCCCAAACCUCAGAGUAUAAUUCCUCCUGUGCAAACACUAAGCUAUUCCAAACCUUUACAUAACCAGAGUUCUGUAAUAUCAGGCCAAGCACAAAUUUAUUCUACAGCGCAGCUACCAAGCCUUUUGUCAGUUAGUCAGUCUCAAAAUUAUGGUUUAGUGCAGCCACAUAAUGUGCCAUCUAUUGUUCAUUCACAGGUUUAUAGGUCCAGCAAAGUCGAGAAGUUGCCAUCCUUAUAUAAAACAUUGGCUUUUUCUGGGUCAUCUCAGACUAUAACUGCUGAAAAUCCGACACUUAAUUAUUCUUCUAAUCAGCAAGAGGUAUUAUCUUCAGUUACAAAUGAGAAUUACCCUGCUCAGACAAGAGAUCUAUCUUCAGUUAGCCAGUCUCAGAGUUACUCAUCUGGUCAUUCUCAGGGUUUAUCACCAGUUAGCCAGACACAGGUUAGUUAUUCAUCUCAGUCACAGGUUUUGUCAGUUGUUAGUCCUUCAGAAAGCUAUGCUUCAGGGCAGCCCCUGACAUUAACAGCCCCUUCUCUUUCUUACUCUUCUGCCUCUCGGGCUCAGAAUAUGCCAGAUUCUAGCCCAACUCAGAAUUAUAUUUCUAUGCAUUCUUCCCAAAAUGCUCAGACUCAAGGGUCAUCAUCUCCCCAGUCCCAAAAGUUUUUGCCAGCUGUCCAGUCAUCUUUUGCAUCCUCUACUCAUUGUCAGACGUUACAGGAUAACAUACCUUCCCCUGAUCCAAAGUCUUACGCUGAAAGAAAACUUGACUCAAAUGUGUAUACGUCGUCAAAGCAAGAGGAUGAUUUUCCAAUGCAAGGGUUACAGGUAUUACAGCCACAAGUAUCUCUUGAGUCAUCAACCCAAAGGCUAUCUGAUGGGGAAAUUAAUGUUCCAGAGGCAGCUUAUAAGGUGUCAAAGGCAGACGACAGAUAUUCUCAGAGCAUAAUCAGAAGUAAUUCCCGUCUUGAAGAUCAGGUUGUUGGGAUUGCUCUACAAGGAUCGAAAAAAGAAGAAAACAUAGUUGGUUCAGUGACACAACUUAACCAACAAAUUGGCCAAGUCAGUAAUGCAGCAACCCUUGAUAUUAAGAAGACAACUAAUUUAAUACAAACUCCACAAAUAAGGUUGAAUACUAAAGACCUAAACCAGCAGCAUUCUCUUAUACAGAAGGUACAUGAAGCCAAGGUCCAGGAGCAACAUGGUCAAAUAAUUAAUGCCUCAUCUCAGAUUCAGAUUCCAAAUAAUGCUUUAGGGCAUGGCCAUCAGGUAUCUCUUCCUAACACACAAGUCCUUUUAGAUUCUGCCUGUGAUUUACAGAUUCUUCAGCAGUCAAUACUGCAGGCAGGUUUAGGACAAGUAAAGGCAUCUUUACAAGUACAGCGUGUUCAAAGUCCUCAACAAAUAGUACAUCCUUUCCUUCAAAUGGAUGGCCAUAUUAUUCAGAGCAAUGGCGAUCAUUCUCAGCAGCAACUCCCUCCUCAAAGUUCUGAAAUUAUGAAAAUGGACCUCUCGGAGUCUUCAAAACCAUUACAACAACAUCUAACAACAAAGGGCCAUUUUAGUGAAACAAAUCAACAUGAUUCAAAGAAUCAUUUUGUUUCUCUUGGAUCAAUAUGUUUCCCAGAGGCAAUGCUUCUCAGUGAUGAGAGAAAUAUUUUAUCAAAUGUUGAUGAUAUCUUAGCAGCAACAGCAGCAGCUUGUGGGGUCACACCUUCUGAUUUUUCCAAGUCAACUUCAAACGAAACCAUUCCUGCCGUUGAAGAUGGUGAUUCUAAAUCUCAUUUUCAGCAGUCAUUAGAUAUCGGGCAUGUGACGUCAGAUUUUAACUCCAUAGCAGCUACGGUAGGAAAGCCACCGAAUAUAAAUGAUAUUUCCUUAAAUGGAAAUCAAGUUACUGUAAACCUUUCACCAGUACCUACUCUUCAGUCAAAGAUGACUCUUGAUCAGCAGCACAUUGAAACACCUGGUCAAAAUAAAGCUUCUAAAGUAACUUCACCUGUGGUUGGACCAGGUCAUGAAGUCCAGGAGCAAAGUUCUGGCCCGUUCAAGAAACAGUCUGCUACCAAUCAUGAACCUGAAGAAGACAGCGAAGUUCCUGUUGAUAGUACAUUAAGUAAUAACAGAAAUCAAGAGUUUGUUUCUAGUAGUAGAAGUAUCAGUGGAGAGAGUGCUGCAUCGGAGAGUGAAUUCACUUUAGGGGGUGAUGACAGUGGUGUGUCAAUGAACCCAACCAGGAGUACACUUGCACUGCUGGCCAUGGCCCAACCUGGGGAGCCAGUCAGCGUCAAGACUGAAGAGGAAAACCAAGACUUGAUGCAUUUUAACCUUCAGAAGAAGAAAACUAAAGGAAAAGGGCAAGCUAGAGAGGAAGACAGUAGUAAUCAGAAACAGCUGAAAAGACCUGCCCAAGGCAAACGCCAGAAUCCAAGAGGAACAGAUCUCUAUUUGCCAUAUACUUCCCCUUCCUCAGAAAGCUGCCAUGAGGGUUAUCAGCAUCAAGAAAAAAUGAGACAGAAGAUCAAAGAAGUUGAGGAAAAGCAGCCAGAAGUCAAAACGGGAUUUAUUGCCUCUUUCUUAGAUUUUCUGAAAUCUGGGCCCAAGCAGCAGUUUUCCACCCUUGCUGUACGAAUGCCUAACAGGACUAGACGACCAGGAACCCAGACUAUUCGUACAUUUUGUCCCCCACCACUUCCAAAGACUGCAUCUGCAACACCCACACCUUUAGUGUCUGAACCUGGGGGUAACAACAGUCCAUCAGAAAAAACUGAUAAUGAACUUAAAAGCUCGGAACAUUUAUCUUCGCUUUCUUCUGAUGAAGAUGAUCCUGGAGUGUGCGGCCGUGAUAUUUAUAAAAGCGCCUCUACUACCUUAAAUACUUUGGAUGCUACUUCUGAUAAAAAGAAGAAAACAGUUUCAGAAGCCCUACAGGUGGCAACUACUAGCCCAACAGCCAAUACUACUGGUACUGCUGCUACUUCCUCCACCACUGUGGGUGCAGUUAAGCAAGAACCUCUCUACUCUACUUCAUCUGCAGUAAAUAUCCUGGAAAAUAUAAACUCUGCAGAACCCUCAAAGUCCAUUGAACUUGAUGGUCUUCCUUCAGACCAGUUUGCAAAAGGACAGGACGCUGUUGCCAUAGAAGGCUUUACAGAUGAGGAGAACACAGAAAGUGGAGGAGAAGGCCAAUACAGAGAGCGUGAUGAAUUUGUGGUAAAGAUAGAAGACAUAGAGACUUUUAAGGAGGCUUUAAAAACAGGAAAAGAACCCCCAGCUAUUUGGAAAGUACAAAAAGCUUUAUUACAGAAGUUUGUUCCUGAAAUUCGAGAUGGGCAAAGAGAAUUUGCUGCUACAAAUAGUUACCUUGGAUAUUUUGGAGAUGCAAAGAGUAAAUACAAAAGGAUAUAUGUGAAGUUCAUUGAAAACACUAACAAAAAGGAGUAUGUCAGAGUGUGUUCCAAAAAGCCAAAAAAUAAGCCUUCACAAACCAUCAGAACUGUUCAGCCUAAGCCAAGUAAUAGCAGUAAAACUUCUGAUCCUCCAACACCAAAAACUACAACAAAAGCCCCUUCCAUGAAACCCAAAGUUAAACAGCUAAAAGUAAAGGCUGAGCCACCACCAAAGAAAAGGAAGAAAUGGAAAGAAGAAUUUUCAUCAUCCCAAUCUGACUCAUCUCCUGAGAUCCACUCUAGUAGUAGUGAUGAUGAGGAAUUUAAUCCUCCAGCUCCCUUUGUCACUCGUUUUUUGAACACAAGAGCAAUGAAGGAAACCUUUAAGAGUUACAUGGAAUUGCUUGUUAGCAUUGCUUUGGAUCCUGACACAAUGCAAGCCUUAGAGAAGAGCAAUGAUGAGCUACUUUUGCCUCAUAUGAAAAAAAUAGAUAGCAUGCUGAAUGAUAACCGUAAGAGACUUCUUUUGAAUCUUCAUUUGGAUCAGUCAUUCAAGAAUGCCUUAGAAAGUUUUCCUGAACUAACAAUAAUUACUCGAGACUCUAAAGCAAAAAGUGGAGGAUCUGCUAUUUCUAAAAUCAAAAUGAAUGGCAAAGCUUAUAAUAAAAAAACUCUAAGAACUUCUAAAACAACUACUAAAUCUGCACAAGAGUUUGCUGUUGAUCCAGAGAAAAUACAGUUGUAUUCUUUGUAUCAUUCACUCCAUCAUUAUAAAUACCAUGUUUAUCUCAUAUGUAAAGAUGAGAUUUCUUCUGUGCAGAAAAAAAAUGAAGAUUUAGGACAGGAAGAAAUUGUUCAACUUUGUAUGAAAAAUGUAAAAUGGGUGGAAGACCUAUUUGAAAAAUUUGGAGAACUUCUAAAUCAUGUACAGCAGAAGUGUUCCUAACAUUUUCACAAAAAUUCCAUCUGUUUUCUAGCACUAAUGAGAUGGCGGAGGCGGGUGGUCAGAAGGGGUCUAGGGGCCUCAGAUAACUGAAUGUCAAGCAGUGGUCUCCAGCAGGCACAUCUGCUUUGAUCAUGAACUUGCAUCGUGGCCUCUGCUUAAAGGACAGUGGUGCUGCCAAGGAAGUCAGUCCUUUGGAAAUGGACCUAAAUCCUACCACAUUUUUAUCCUAAUGAAUGAUUUUUCUAUUUUGUAAACCAUCGGGUAACUGAGUUUUAUUUUCAGAAAUGUUUUUUGACAAAUGAUGAAGCAUGCACUAAAUAUAAUUUUUCUUUAUUGCUAGAGAGGUAACACUUAAGUAACAUGAUUAUUUUUUCCUGAGUCUGACUAAACACCAGAAUGAAAGAGAGGUGGCAGAAAGCAUAUGUUAAUAUUCAUGUCUGACCACAAAGCGGAAAGUAUUGUACAUUAUGUAAACAGAUCUGGUGUGAUGUGACAUUCUGUAUGAGGAAAUCAUCAGUUUAAAAUGUAAAAUUCAGAAACUGCAUUCUGCUUUAUGAACUCCUUUUACUCUUAACAUGUUCAGGAAACUGGAUGUGGAAUUGGUGCAAUUCUAUGACUGCUUUUUGUGUCAAAUUAUAUGGUGAUGAAAAAACAAUGACAUACUAUUUUCCCUAUCUCAAAGAAAAGUAUUUUCCUUUAUACUGUUUUUCCUUUGGAAAAAUUUUCAAUUGUACAUUUUAUUUCACUAAUAGUUGUAUUUUUCACAAGGAAAAUGUUGUGGUUAUAAUUAUGUUUGAUGUAUCUGUACUACACUUUUCGUUAUUUUCAGUAAAUCUUAUUUAGUUAUAUGUUGAAUUUCUAUUGUGAAUUCUAUCUUGAGGUAACCAUUUUUGUUUAUACAGAUUUGCUUCAGUGUUAUCCAGAAUAUGCAUUCAGUACUGAAUUAGUUUAGCUUUAUAAAUGGGGUUGUGUUAGACACUGCAGUAAUUUUCUAAUUCAUGAAAAUAAAUUUCUUAGUAAACUA